AUGUCCAACCACACGAACGGUGUAGCCAACGGUUCAGCCAACGGUGCUGAUCCUUUCCGCAAAACCUGCCUCGUCCCUUAUGUGGACCCCAAAACUGCGCCUCCUGCAGUUGCGGAGAAGAUCAAUGUUCUUCCCUUCCGCCGGAACAUCUUCCUGCUGCUAGGCCACUCCGAGGGCCUGUUUCCGCACCUGAUGGGCGUCAUCGGCGGCUGCUUCAACGGCAAAGUUCGCACAGUCCCUUUGCUGGACUGGCAACUCAUCGUCCUCCGCACCGCCAGCACUCUCGGCGCCAAGUACGAAUACGACGUCAACCUGCCCGUGGCCGAAGUCUACGAAAUGGACCCCGCGAAGAUCACCGCCAUCUCUUCGUGCAGCCCGGCCUCCGUUGUCGCCGGCGACGGGCCAUGGUCGGCGCGCGACCGCGUCAUCCUGCGCGUCGUCGACGAGCAGCUGGCCACGUACACGAACGAGCCGCAGACGAUCGACGACGCGCUGCAGCACCUGUCCGUCGCCGAGCUGGUCGAGGUGCUCAUCAUCCUCGGCACGUACGCCCUCAUCGCGCGCGUCAUCCGCGGGCUGAAGAUCGACGACGAUGUGCCGAUCAGGCCGGAGGGCUUGCAUGAGAUGCUGAAGAAGUCGGUUACGCCGACUGUGCCGAAGAAGGAUCAGGGCGGGGUUGCGGCGGCGGCGGCGGCGGCGGGACAGUAG